AUGGAUGAAGCAGUGGUUGUGAGGGAUGUAGGAGGGGAGCAAGGGAGUGGAACAGGCGCAGGGAUCUCUAUAACGGGUACAGGGGGGCUUGAGGAGGGGAUACGGCCGGGCGUGCGGGAGGGGGCAGAAUUGGACGGUCUGGAUUACGGGUUUGGGAUCUGUGCGGUGGAUUUUGAUGGAGAAUUAGGAGCGGGAAUUGGUGGAGAGGUGGGGUUUGAGAGGGGAGGAGGGGGGGGCGUGGAGCGCAUGUGGGAAGGGGAGCUGUGUGACUGCUUUGAUGACUCUUCUGUCGCCACUCAGACCGUCUGUGCCCUGGUGAGUGAAGAGGGGAUGGAGGUGCCCUCAUUUCUCGCUGGGCUGCCAUCACUGAAUAUGGCAGCAGGCUGCAGUCAGUCUGUGAUCUGUGAUCUGUGGAGUCAAUCAGUGAAGCACAUCACGAAUUCUCACCCAUGCCACCCCUUCUCUCCUUCUUGCCUUCUCGUCUUCACUCUUUCGCCCCUUCUCUCCUUCUUGCCUUCUCGUCUUCAUUCUUUCGCCCCUUCUUUCCUUCUUACCUUCUCGUCUUCACUCUUUCGCCCCUUCUCUCCUUCUUGCCUUCUCGUCUUCACUCUUUCCCCCCUUCUCUCCUUCUUGCCCUCUCGUCUUCAUUCUUUCACCCCUUCUCUCCUUCUUGCCUUCUCGUCUUCACUCUUUCGCCCCUUCUCUCCUUCUUGCCUUCUCGUCUUCACUCUUUCGCCCUUUCUCUCCUUCUUGCCUUCUCGUCUUCACUCUUUCGCCCCUUCUCUCCUUCUUGCCUUCUCGUCUUCACUCUUUCGCCCCUUCUCUCCUUCUUGCCUUCUCGUCGUCCCUCUUUCGCCCCUUCCACCCUUCUCUCACUGCCUCGAGUGUCUUCCAUCCCACCCCUCCCUCGCGGCUGUCGGUGCAUCACAUUUGGCCAGAACAUUGCUGGAAUAG